UGUCCGUGUCUCGCUCCGCUCCCGCCGGGGAUGGGGGAUGGGGGGGCGUGUCCCCCCGGUACCGGAGAGGCCUCACGUGCCCGCCCCCCUCGGGCCAGCCCAUUGGCUGCUCGGGUCACGUGCGCGCCCCUUCCCGAGGGCGGCGACCGGCCCCGGGAGAAAGUUACCAGGAGAGAAAGUUAAAGUUACCGGAGGGCCCGCGGCCGCACCCGGCAGCAGGUGGCUCCGGACCGUCCCCAUGGCGGAGAAAUCAGACUCCCGGGACUCGGACGGCAGCUGGGUGCUGGCAGGCAGCGAGGGUCUGCCCAUCGACACGGUGGGUCCGGAGCAGGAUUCGGCCUCCCACGAGGCCGAGGAUGAGGAGCCGGAGGAGGAAGAGGAGGAGGAGGAGAAAGAGGAGGAAGGCAGCACCCAGGACACUGUCACAGCUGUAGCCACCACUGGUGCAGCCACCUGCCCCGGCCAGAGCCAGCGCCCCGAGGGCAGCCGAGGGCUGGGGGACCCAGAGGAGCAUUGGGACCCCGGGACCGGGGCAGCGCCCACCCUGGACGGCUCCACCGAGCCCGGUGUGCCGGACGGCGAUGAGCAGGGGGAGUCCGAUGCUGAGUGCCCUGACACCCCCAAAGCAGGGCCACCAGCGGAUGAGGGGAGCUGUGACAGCAGUGAUGAUGAUGUGGAGGGGCUGCGGCGACGGCAGGGCCACGAGCCCCGUCCUGGGUCCCCCCCCACUGCAUCUGCCCCACACCGGGGGACGCCAGAUGCUGGUGAUGAGGAUGGGCUCAGCAUGAGCAGGUACCUGCUGGGCGCCUUGGCGCUGGUUGCCCUGGGACUGCUGAUUGUCUCCGGUGGCAUCUAUGACCCAGCCGAUGGCCCCGUGGAGAGCGUGGUGAGCCGGGAUGCGGCGGCUGGGGAGCAGGAGUCACCGCUGCCUGCGGAUGGCAACGACUCGCAGCAGAAGCCCCCCCCAUCGGACGCCGGGGACCCCCAGAGCGUGCAGUCCGUGAGCCUCCUCCUGGACAAGCUGGCCAAGGAGAACCAGGAGAUCCGGCUCAUGCAGGCGGAGCUGCAGGCCCACAAGGAAGAGCUGCACGCCCUGCUGCAGAAGAGCGAGGGCGAGGCGGCGGCAGCCGGCGCGCAGCGGCAGAGCCUGGCCAUGGAGAAUGCGCGGCUGCAUGCGGCGCUGGAGCGGGAGACCGCCGCGCUCCGCGAUGCCCGGGCUGAGCUGCAGCGCCUGCGGGCUGCGGGGACACUGGGUGGACCCGGGGCUGGGGAGCCAGUGGUGGAGCAGCCCCCCGGCACAGGUGCCCCAGCCCGUGGCAAGAAGGCGGCGCGGUGGGAGGGUGCCUGGCAGCGUGGCUGGCUGGCUUCGGUGCGGCAGGAGCUGGUGGGUGCCCUGGAGCGGGCGCGGGGCCCCGGGGGUCUCGAGGGGCUGGUGGAGGAGCUGAGCGCCCUGGAGCAGCGCCUGGGCCGGGAGCUGGAGGCGGAGGCGGCCAAGCCCUUUCCCGGGCCCUGGAAGAAGCCGUUCCAGGUGGAGAAGGACAGCAAGCGGCACAAGCGGCACGGUGCCAGGGGGGCCCCCCACGAGCGUGAGAAGAGGGAGCAGAGUAAACUCCACGGGCACGGGAAGGAUCCCUGGUCCCCCCGGGAGCGCAAGCCAGGCAAAACCUGGGGGAAGUCGUCUCACAGCCCCCCCCAGCGCAGGCUCCAUGAGCUGCCCGCGCUCAGCCGGUACCGGGCGCCCCAGGGAUGCUCAGGGGUGGCUGACUGCGCCCGCAAGGAGGGCCGGGAGGUGCUGGGGGCUGCGCUGGAGCCAGUGCAGAAGGCGCAGUUCCUGCAGCUGCUGCAGGGCUUCAUGGGGCGGCUGGGCUGGGGGGGGCAUUUCGGGGGGCUGGCGGCGCGGCUGGACGGCGCCUUCGGGGCUGACGGCACCUUCGCCCAUGACCGCCUGCGCUUCGUCGACUUCGUGGACGACGUGGAGGAGCUGCUGGAGGAGGUGGCGCGGCAGGAGCAGGGUGACGAGGAGGCGGCCGACGGCUUCGAGGACUACGUGCUGCGGCACUACGCUGGGGACGGCGGUGCCACCGGGAAGGAGCGGGGCCGGAGAGCCACGCGGCAGCACGGCGUGGGGGGGUAGAGCCUUCAUCCUGCACCCCCGGGGAAGGGGGUUCCCCACGGGCCAUUUUUGGGGGGCUUGGGGCUGCCGUGGUGCCCCACCGGGCUCAGUAGUGCCCGACCGGAUGCACUGUGUGAUGCUGCGCUGCCACCGUACAAUAAAGUCACCGCUGGGCAGA